CGGCGCGGCGCGGCGGGGCCGGCCGGGUGCAGCCGUCGGUGCCGCGAGCGGCAGGUCUUUGCCUUCACCAUGUCAAGGAGUGUUAAUGAUGUGCUCCCCUUCUGUUGCAUUCCCCACCUGUCAUCUUGCUAGGAUCUAACUACAGAAUGAACAUAGCGGCUGUGUUUAAUGCCCUGCUCGUGUCUGUCCUUGCUACCGUGCUGUGGAAAUACAUCAAACUACGAGAGCAUGCCUUCAUGGUCGAAGAGGAGCUGCUCCUCAUGCGCCAGUCUCAGGAGCUCUCUCAGGUUCAGAUUGACUACCAUGCAGCUCUCCAGACCCUGCUGGAGGACGGUACCAGGAUGGUGUGCACCGGCAGGAUGCACACCGACCGCAUCUGCCGCUUUGAGUCCCUCUGCUACUCAACCGAGGCUGAGGAGUUCAUCUAUUUCCACAGCAACUCCUCGGUCAUGCUGCCCAACCUGGGCUCCCGUAGGUUCCAGCCAGCUCUGCUCGACCUCUCCUCUGUGGAAGAUCACAACACCCAGUACUUCAACUUUGUGGAGCUGCCCGCUGCCGCGCUGAAGUUUAUGCCAAAGCCAGUCUUCGUGCCUGACGUGGCACUGAUUGCUAACAGGUUCAACCCGGACAACUUGAUGCAUGUCUUUCACGAUGACCUCCUUCCCAUCUAUUACACCAUGCAGCAGUUCACUGAUUUAGAUCCGGAGACACGGCUCUUCUUCAUGGAAGGGUGGAGUGAAGGUGUUCAUUUUGACCUCUACAAGUUAUUGAGUAACAAGCAACCGCUCCUCAGGGAACAGCUUAAAACCCUGGGCAGGCUCCUCUGCUUUACCAAAUCCUAUGUGGGACUGUCCAAAAUCACCACCUGGUACCAAUAUGGAUUUGUCCAGCCGCAAGGGCCGAAGGCUAACAUCUUGGUUUCUGGUAACGAGAUCAGGCAGUUCACCAAAUUCAUGAUGCAGAAGCUGAACGUCAGCUUGGAAGAAAGCUCCAGUGAGGAAUACAUCGUCGUGUUCAGCCGAACAAUCAACAGACUUAUCCUAAAUGAGGCAGAACUAAUCCUGGCCCUCGCCCAGGAGUUUCAGAUGAAAACCAUUACAGUCUCUCUGGAGGAGCAUUCCUUUCCUGACAUCGUCCGGCUGAUCAGCAACGCGUCCAUGCUGGUCAGCAUGCAUGGGGCCCAAUUAGUGAUGUCUCUCUUCCUGCCAAGAGGUGCCACGGUGGUGGAGCUCUUUCCUUAUGCCAUCAACCCUGAACACUAUACCCCUUACAAAACCCUGGCAACACUUCCUGGCAUGGACCUGCAGUACAUUGCCUGGCAGAACACUGCCAGGGAAGACACCAUUACCUACCCGGAUAGACCUUGGGAUCAGGGUGGGAUUGCACAUCUCGACAAAGCUGAGCAAGAGCGCAUCAUUAAGAGCACAGAGGUACCGCGGCACCUGUGCUGCCGCAACCCUGAGUGGCUGUUCCGUGCCUACCAGGACACGAAGGUGGACAUCCCUUCCCUCAUCCAUGUCAUCAGGCAGACUGUGAAGUCUAAGCCCGGGACUAAGAAGAAAUGGUCUGGUAGCCUCUACCCUGGCAAAGUGAGGGAUGCCAGGUGUCAGGCCUCUGUCCAGGGCACGAGUGAAGCUAGGCUUUCUGUGUCCUGGCAGGUGCCCUGGAACCUUAAGUACCUGAAGGUCAGAGAAGUGAAAUAUGAAGUGUGGAUACAAGAGCAAGGGGAAAACACUUACAUGCCUUAUAUAUUGUCCCAUCAGAAUCAUACCUUCUCAGAAAACAUUAAGCCCUUCACAAUAUACCUGGUGUGGAUACGCUGCAUCUUCAACAAAAAUCUCUUGGGACCUUUUGCAGAUGUGCUCUUGUGUAGUACAUAACCUGUGCACUACCUGUACAGCUCUGCCCUCCAUGCCUUCUGUGGUUUAAAACUGACGGUCUGGUAGUUGUAGAGGGCUGAAGAGGACUAGACUGUACCAGUGCCUCAGUGUCCAUUUGACUGCACUCUGUGUGUGUGUGUUCUUUAAAUGGUAUUUAUUUCCAGUGGGUGUUAGAAAAAAAAUAAAAAUAAAGAAAACAACUCUGUUCUUCAGAGAACUUGCGGAGGUUAUAUUACAUGAAUACAUGUAAUUGAAAACAGAAUGGAAUUGAAUCGUGUGUACCUCAGUCGUGAUUUAAAUUUGUUUCUAUUGUGUGGUGAGUAUCUAAGCACAGCGUUAAUCCGCAGUUAAUUCCGUGGGUAGGUGAGCAGUUCUCAUCAGCUUUUUCAUUGUAAGUUAUUAUUUUUUUUCAAUAACUGUAAGGUUGAGUUAAGGAUUUGGUAUGAGAGCUUUCAUUAAACUGCUGUAAACCUCCAUGGCAUUUUUGCUUUAUAUCGUGUGUCGAAAUGCAUGUUGUGAUAGAUCUGUCUGUUGCUGUGAUGAAAUGUGUAUGGCGUAGCUUUUUAUUUUUAUUUUUUUAUUUUGACGGAAGGAGACAACAAUGUCAGCGCUGUGUUUAAAAUCACUGCACGUGUCUUAUACACUGUCCCAUCAGAGUAGCACGUUGCUUCCAACACAAAAGGCUGGAGCAGCAGGU